AUGUCUCUCACGAGCUCGUCCUCCUCUGCUGUCCACCACCGGGCGUUGGCGCUGCCGCUGAUCCGCUGCGCAGGCUGCAAGGAGAAAGUGCGCAUGUUUGUGUCCACCACUGAGAAGCACGAUGGAUGGGUCUUCUACAAGUGCCAAAAUCAUGGGGUGAGUUGUGAGUUCUGGCGUUGGGAAUUGGAGUACGUGCAGUACCUGGUUGACAAUCACUAUCUGGUUGGCGAUGCAGCUGUGGAUGCUAUUGGUGCGGCUGAGGCCUCAACGCCUCUCCUCCUCCCCCACGCCCCGACGCCGGCGGCGCGGGACGAGGUGCGGCGGCAGGUGGGGCUCGCGGCGCCGCUGGUGGCGUACAGCCUGCUGCAGUACAGCCUGCAGGUGGUCUCCGUCAUGUUCGCCGGACACCUCGGCGAGCUUCCCCUCUCCGCCGCCUCCGUCGCCACCUCCUUCGCCAACGUCACCGGCUUGAACGUCCUGGUUUGA